AUGACGUGUAUAGAGCCGCGUGAUGUGGUGCUGAAGUUUAAUAAGCCCCUGCAAGGUCCCAAUUUAAGAUCGAAAACUUACAUGGAGGAUGCUGAGCGACGAGGUCCUCACACCACUGGUACGGAAUUAGACACUCAAAUUUUUGGCCAAGUCGAAGCCGAAAUGGUACGGAGAGAACAGCCAAUCAUUCAUGCCAACCUUAAUAUCGACGUAAUCUGGCCUCAUACAGGAGAAUGUUGGACAGACAUGAUCCACCCUAUGGGGGAGGGGGGAGGGGGGAGGGGGGAUUUAUAG